GCGCCGGGAUGCGGGGCUGUCCCGGCUCCCGGGGGCGGCUCCUGCCCCGCGCCCCACGGGCCGCCCGCCCGCAGUGCUCCGGAGCAGGGCUGUGGGCUGGCCCCCGAGGGCGUGGGGAGAGGCGAGGCGAGGCGAGCCGGGGUCUAUAAGAGGCCAUCCAUCUCCACGGAGGACUUGGCCAAGGAGCACGGACCGGUUGAGGGAGCGGAUGCCGACGGGAGCCCUCGCAGGUUGUGAUGGGUAGUUGCCACGUGAAGUUACAUUUGUAGGAAGCUGAAGGACUUCUUUUGUCAUCAUCUGUUCUGCCCGUCCCUCUGCACUCCUCUGACAAGAUGGUAUUUCGGAAACCACCCGAUGGUGGCUGGGGCUGGGUGAUUGUUCUCGUUUCCUUCUUCACCCAGUUCCUGUGUUACGGAUCACCGCUGGCGGUGGGAGUCUUGUAUUUAGAAUGGCUGGAUGCCUUCGGAGAAGGGAAAGGCAAGACUGCUUGGGUUGGAUCCCUAGCAAAUGGAAUCGGAUUGCUUGCCAGUCCUGUCUGCAGUAUAUGUGUGUCAUCUUUUGGAGCAAGACCAGUAGCUAUCUUCAGUGGCUUUAUGGUGGCCGGGGGCCUCAUGAUGAGCAGUUUUGCACCUAACAUAUACUUUCUAUAUGUUUCAUAUGGGAUAGUUGUUGGUCUUGGAUGUGGCCUUUUGUACACUGCAACAGUUACCAUCACUUGCCAGUAUUUUGACAAACGCAGAGGCCUUGCACUCGGUCUGAUUUCAACAGGCUCAAGUGUUGGUCUCUUCAUAUAUGCAGCAUUGCAAAGAGAGCUUAUUGAGCUAUAUGGACUGGAUGGUUGUCUGCUAAUAGUUGGUGCUCUGUCUCUAAAUAUAUUGGCAUGUGGCAGCCUAAUGAGACCAUUGGAGUCAUCAGGUUCUCCUCCACCGGAAAAACCGUGUGUAGACAAAGUCCCAGAUCAAUAUUUUGUUUACCAUGAAAAAGAAAAGACCGUUGAAGAAAAUAUAAGCAUCCUUGAAAAGGGCUACAUUGAUGAAAAAUGUGUGAACAAUGUGCCUGACUGCAAACAGGAUAGCAUUUUAAAUAAGAAUGUAUUGAGCUCGAUAAAUGUAAAUGAGAAAGACACUUAUAAAAAGAAAGUUGUAGAACAGACAAACUUCUGCAAGCAACUUGCCAAAAGGAAGUGGCAGCUCUAUUUGACCUACUGGAAGGAAACCAUGGUUCUUUUUAAGAACAAAGUAUUUUCAGCUCUCUUUGUUGCCAUCUUGCUCUUUGAUAUUGGUGGAUUUCCUCCUUCUCUGCUCAUGGAAGAUGUAGCAAGAAGUGCAAACAUUAAUGAAGAUGACUAUUAUAUGCCCCUCAUUUCCAUUAUUGGCAUUAUGACUACUGUUGGCAAACUUAUUUUAGGAAUACUGGCAGAUUUCAAGUGGGUUAACACUUUAUAUCUAUAUGUAACUACCUUAUUAGUGACAGGAGUGGCCUUGUUUGCAAUUCCAUUUGCCAAAAGUUACCUGACAUUAGCAAUGCUUUCUGGGAUUUUGGGUUUUCUGACUGGGAACUGGUCAAUUUUUCCAUAUGUAACAACAAAGACUGUGGGAAUUGAGAAGCUGACUCAUGCAUACGGGAUAUUGAUGUUCUUCGCUGGACUCGGAAACAGCCUUGGACCACCAAUUGUAGGUUGGUUUUACGACUGGACACAGGAGUACGACACCGCAUUCUACUUCAGUGGCUUUUGUGUCUUACUGGGUGGAUUUCUCCUACUGUUGGCAGCGUUGCCCUGCUGGAAUGCCUGCACCAACCAGAGCUCAAAGCUGCCUCCAAAUUCUUACUCCUACAAAGUUGCAUCUAGCGCUUAGGUGACAACUGGAAAACACUUUGCGCCUUUUUAUAUUAUAUAGCAAAGUAUUUUAGUAAUUUUCCACUUAUUUAUGAAGCCCACAAAUCCUCUUCUACUAUAAAAAUUCCAUUGUUGCUUGUUCUUGUUGUUUAGUUCCUUCUUCUUCUUUUAUUUCUUUUUUUUUUGAUGUUAUUUUUAAAAACAGUCUUAUUUUGUCUACUGUGCACUGUGUUUCCAGCCUUUGUCUACUGUAAUUUCCUUUUACCCUGUAAGGGGUAUGUUCUGCUGUAUUAUCAGUACUUUUUUUAAGGGGGGUGGUAUGGAGGGGUGAAAACUUUGAAGCAAAAAUGAAGGCCUGUUCCUUAUGGAAGAAGGUUGGCAUUUCUGUCACCUUUUUUAGGUCUCCAAGUUGCACAAUCAGGCUUUACAAAACAACAAUUUGCCUUAUUAGAAUGUAAUACUGUGGCGAGGUGCUUUUAACAUCAUGCUUAGAUUAACUUUUUGUCUUUUUAAAGUCUGUGCAAUUUACAAUGAAGUGCCAGUUGCAGGAGGGAGAAGAGGGGAAACAAAUCAACCUUAUGUUGCAUAACUGAAGUGAACAUUAUGAUGAAAGUAAAGAUUCUUACUAUCACUACAACUAAGAACUGUGUUUAUAAAUAUUGCACAUUUUGUGAAGUCUGUUUAUAAAACUGUCGAACCAAAACAUUUUAAACCAAGGAAUAAAUGUGAUUGUUGAAACCGUGAAAAGAAA